UUCUUUUUGAUUUGAAGGUAAGAGACAACUCCUUUGCUCAUUUCCGUGGUCUCGGAAGAGUAAAGCAAAGUCGCUGUGUUGUCUUGAUCAACUCGCUCUAAAACUCAUCUCCCACUCGGUUCCCUCCUCAUCAUUUUCACCAAACGCCUCACCACCCCCGCCGAGUCAACUCGCUCCUCGUCAUCCAUGAGCACGAUCGGGACCGAUGCCGCCGCGGCGGCGAUCUUGGGGAGGAGCUGCGACGUGGUGAAGGCGAGGACGGAGUUGGAGUCUUUGAUCUGUUUGGCUAUCUUGGCAGCGGUAUUGAGAGGGUUCGUGGUGGUGAUGACGGGGCCGAGAGACAUCACAGAGAAGCAGACGACAGGGAAUAAGAUGGAGUUCAGGGAAAGGAGGAGGACGACGUGGCCCUUGCGGUAAGGAUGGUCACACUCAUAAACUUGAUCCCCUUCGUCAUGCUUUUAUCAGAUUUCAGUCAAUGCUUCUCCAAAGUUCCAUAUUUGUUCAUCGCCUUAACAUUUUUAAACAUAUGAUGUUUACAAGCUCAGUGGGGUUUGAUGUUACCUGAGGAAGGCAACUGAACUGAUGCUAUUUUAUCUUUGCAUAAUCCGCGAGUAAAACUGGUGUCUCAGACACUACUCUUAUUGACAUUUAAGAGGUGACAAUGGAGAUCUUCAUUCAACAAAUAAUGAAGCUUUAUCUACUGUUUCCUGUCACAUUGAGUGGAAUCUGAGGCAUUCUCUCAAUCCUACAUAUGAAACUCUUUUUGAGAUGUUGAAUAUUCAUCCUAGAGGGUUGCAGUUUUUGUCCAUUCUCUGUGUUGAUCUUCAUUAGUCAUAUUACGAAUGUGGCUUAGUCCUACUAUUUUAAAUCUUCAUCGAAUCACUUGGGAUGAUCAUGCUUCAUUGGUUGAGAAAACUGUUGCUUAUGAGGUGACGAUCUGCCAGGCUACAUGUGUGUCAUGCAUCUGCUCUAAAAGCCACAAGUUGUCUGCAACUGAUCAGGCCACCGGCAGUGGUGGGCGUCCAAUUACUGAAACAACAGUAGCUGAGAAACACACAGUUAGGAGCUCAGCAAAGGAGCCACAUGUUUCAGCAACAGAGAGGGAGAUUAAGAACGAACCCAAAGCAGAGAUGCUGAAGAUAGCCAAAUGAAGACUACCUCUACUUUCUCGCAAGCUUUGUUAUCAUUUAGUUUCUUAGAAAAAUCUAUGGUUCUACUUUCACGUUUCCUAUGUUCUAAAUCAACAAAAGCAUAUUUCAUCUUAAUCCACUUCAGUUUUG